AUGCGAUCGCAGGCAAUCCGCGCAGUCACUCAUCUUAGGCAUCGUGUCCUAGCUCAACCUACACUUCCCUCCCGCUUCUAUUCAACCUCGUCUCGAACUAGUCCUCGUCCAACACUUGGGGCCAAGGCGCUCAGAGCUGCACCGACAAUCCCAUUCUUUGGUGCUCUGUUCAGCUCGAAAAGUAACAGCGAAGAAUCGUCUGGAACCAUGUCAUACCCCGACCAGCGAAGUGAGGAUCAAUGGAGAGCUGUUUUGAGCCCUGAGCAGUUCCGUGUAUUACGUGAAAAGGGCACCGAGCGCCCCGGCACGGGAGAAUAUGAUUCUCACUACCCAUCCAAGGGUGUAUAUACCUGUGCUGGCUGCAACGCGCCUCUCUACACGGCUGACCACAAGUUCAAAUCCGGUUGUGGCUGGCCAGCCUACUUCGAUUCCAUCCCUGGAGCUGUGAAGCGACAUGUGGACAACACACUUGGAAUGAAGCGAACUGAGAUCGUCUGCAGCAACUGUGGUGGUCAUCUUGGCCAUGUCUUUGAGGGCGAGGGCUUCCCGACCCCCAUUGAUGAGAGACACUGCGUGAACAGCGUUAGUCUGCGGUUUACGGAGGACGCGGAGGCUGCAGAGAAGAAGCCAGAGGAAAAAGCCAAGGCGUGA